CAUAUCGGUUUGUUUAUCCGGUGAUGUUCCCUUGAACCGGGACCAAAUCAACGGGCCACAGCAACUAAAGCUGGGAGUGGGGAAAUGAACGAUCUGUGAAGGUAUUUUUUGGGGGGGGGAAACGUACCGUUGGAUUACUUGUUAAAUAAUCAUUAUUCAUCAUGAAGGUGGGCUUUGCACUCGUUCUCCUCUGGUCUCUCCCAAUAACCAAUGUGCUUGCAGAGCUGCCUCAACCUCAGAACCUGACUCUGCUCACCCAGAACACACAGUAUGUACUGACGUGGGACUGGGACCAGACGACCACAGGCAACUCUGUUACCUUCACUGUAGAGUACAUGGCGAAGUACAAGAUGAAGAUGAAGAAGAAGAACUGGAGCCGUGUGUGUGAAAGGACCACACGCACCCACUGUGACCUCACAGGUUCUGAUCUGCACUACCUGGGAAUGUACGUGCUCCGAGUCCGAGCCAGCGCCGACGGAGUCAACUCGGACUGGGUCAACAAAGACUUCUGUCCUGAUAUCGAUGCUUCGUUGGGCCCACCGUCCAGGGUGGAGAUGGCUCCUGUGGGGAACCUGCUGGACGUGACCAUCUCUGACCCCGUGACCAGCACCCAGCACUCCAUGAAGGAACACGUCCUCUACCUGUACUACCGCAUCCUGUACUGGAGCCGCUCUGAUGACCCUCAGGGUCUGAAGCCUAAAGUGUUGGACUCUAGCAACAACCUGGUGACGCUGCCUGAGCUGGAGGCCUGGACGUGGUACUGUGUCAUGAUCCAGUCUCGCUACGACUACUACAACAAGACUAGCAGCUACACAGGACCCCAGUGCAUGCAGACGGAGGGUGACACCCCGUACUGGCAGAUCUUCCUGUACUUCCUGGUCUCCAUGAUGGUGUGUUUCCUGCUCGUGUUGCUUCCCUCCUACGCCUUCUUCAGGUUCUACAGAGUCCUCAAAAACACCUUUUACCCUUCUAUCCAGCUGCCUGCACACAUCCAGGAGUACCUCUGUGACUCCUCCCCUGGCUCUGACAUGCCCCGCCUCCUCACUGCUGAUUCAGAGGCGGAGCUGUGCUGUGAUAAGCUGACCAUCUGUCCUGAGGUGGUGCUACUGGAAAUACACGUCCCUCCUCCCCUUACAGCGCCCCCCUCAGAGCUGGAGCAGGACAACGGCAGACACAUCCGCCAGGACAGCGGAGACUCUGGAAUCUACUCCACAGAGGGAGGCUCCGCCCAGCAGGGUCGUAGUGGUGGGGAGCCAAUCAGGAGAGACCAGGAAGUGGACUCCUGGCAGACACUAGAGCAGGUCAAGAUGGAGGAGAUGGGGAGAGAGUCGGCUGACGAAAGAGAUCUGGACGAGGGGAUUGUGGAUGUUUGCGUCUGAGGAGAAAUGGAGAGAGGAGAGCUAAGUGGAAAGCAUCAAUGAUGGUUGGCGAUUUGUAAUGAAGAAAUGAGAAUGGUUGCACAGAAUGUUCUCAAGUCUCCAUCUUGCUGCUUUUCCUCAAAGGACACUGAAGACGAUGACGUCUCUGAGCCAAAGACGCAUCGUCACCUGUCCUGCCUACAUUACAGGAAACAUCUACUCCAAAACUAUCUUAUGAUAUUGUUUCAUUAAGUGCACUGUUGAUACAGUCCCAAAAUGUUUUGCAUGUGAACAGAUACGUUUUCAAAAUAUUGGGACUUUCAAGAAGCAAAGUGUCACAUGAUGUAAAAUGCAUCAUUGUGUGCCAAGUGACACUUUGCUUCUUGAAAGUCCCAAUAUUUUGAAAACGUGUCUGUUGACAUGCAAAACAUUUUGGGACUGUAUCAUCAGUGGACUUAAUGAAUCCCAUGUUGCUGUGUGUUUUUUUCAAGGGCAUAGAAACAAGCUUUAGAAUGUCAGAUUUCUUAUGGGGGGGGGGGGGCGCAUUUGACUUCAAGAUGUCUAAAAGACCCCAGUCCAUCUUGCUUUUCUAUGGCCGGUGUAAUGACUGACAUGUUUUAGUGUAGUUUGGAACACGUUUAUCUCAUCUCAAGACUCGGCUGGUCACAGCCAGGGGCGUACUUUCUGUUCCCAGUGAAUUCUGAGACCGUCGCUCCAUUUUAUAGCGUCCUGUGAAGUGUGUGAAUCCAGGGGGAAACAGGGUAGCUCAUUGUGUUUUAAACAACAGGGUAUCAGUUUUAACCAUUUCAAUCCCCCCAAAAAUCUACCUAUUUUUCCUGUCAAGACAUUUUCUUGAAAAGGAAUGGUUCUGGUUAAUUAAUCUUCUAAACGAAUCCUGUCGUGUGUGUUUGUGUGUGUGCCUUGGAUAGAUAAGACAGUACAUUGGCAGCAGUGCAUUUCGUGUGUGGGCGUGUGUUGUCAGUGUAAGUACUGAAUGUCUGAGAGUCCUGUGUGUGUGCGUGCUUAGUAUAGAUGAUAGACAGUACAUUGGCAGUAGUGUAUUUGGUGUGUGUGUUGUCAGUGUAAGUACUGAAUGUCUGAGAGUCCUGUGUGUGUGCGUGCUUAGUAUAGAUGAUAGACAGUACAUUGGCAGUAGUGUAUUUGAUGUGUGUGUUGUCAGUGUAAGUACUGAAUGUCCUGUGUGUACAUAGUCACAUCCUGCCACGUCGGAGUGCCUGUUGUUUUUACAUUUUUUAUUGUGUUACUUUUAGAAACAUUUUAAUUAGUUUUGUCCUUUUAUGAUUCUUAUAGAAUCUGACAUCAGGAAGUGUCAUGUUUUCUCUCUGAUACCUUAUUAUUUGACUUCAUCUUUGUUUUGAAAGGUGCUUUGGUCCAACUGUUACUGGUUGGACCCCUGAGUCUUAAACAAGAACUGAAUCCCUGAAGGUUUAUGUUCAUUGUCUCUUCCUCUUUCUGAUGAUUUGUUCGCUGAGGUGGAACAACUUCCACCUAGAGCAGGGCUGUCCAAUCCUCUUCCUGGAGAUCUACUGUCCUGUAGGCCAGGGCUGUCUAAUCCUCUUCCUGGAGAUCUACUGUCCUGUAGGCCAGGGCUGUCCAAUCCUCUUCCUGGAGAUCUACUGUCCUGUAGGCCAGGGCUGUCCAAUCCUCUAACCUCUAAACCUACAGGACAGUAGAUCUCCAGGAAGAGGGUUGGACUGAAAACCUACAGGACGGUAGAUCUCCAGGAAGAGGAUUGGACAGCCCUGGCCUAGAGGACGGUAGAUCUCCAGGAAGAGGAUUGGACAGCCCUGCUCUAGAGGACGGUAGAUCUCCAGGAAGAGGAUUGGACAGCCCUGGCCUACAGGACAGUAGAUCUCCAGGAAGAGGAUUGGACAGCCCUGCUCUAGAGGACGGUAGAUCUCCAGGAAGAGGAUUGGACAGCCCUGGCCUACAGGACAGUAGAUCUCCAGGAAGAGGAUUGGACAGCCCUGCUCUAGAGGACGGUAGAUCUCCAGGAAGAGGAUUGGACAGCCCUGGCCUACAGGACAGUAGAUCUCCAGGAAGAGAAUUGGACAGUAGAUCUCCAGGAAGAGAAUUGGACAGCCCUGCUCUAGGUGGAAGUUGUUCCACCUCAGCGAACAAAUCAGAAAGAGGAAGAGAGACAUCAAUAAACAGCCCUGGCCUAGAGGUUUUUCCACCACAUUUUGUCAAAGUUAAACAAGGAAAUAAUCAGCAUAACAUUUGGAUAAGAAGUGACAUGAAACCAAAUGCAUUAACAAAUCACCACACCAUACCUUGCAUCUGUCAAAGCCUCAUAACCACAGCCAAUACAAAUGUUUAUCGUCUACGCUUUAUACCAAGCUGACGUCUGACGCAGAGUGAUAUUUACCUAAUGUGAGUUAAGUAGUGAAUAGUGUUCACAAAAUAUUAUUGCAUUUUAUAUCGUUGGGCAUGCUGUAAACUAUUGCUUCCAAAUGGAGUUGCAUUCAUAUUAAAGAAAGUAUCUCUCAUCUCAUACCCUUUGCCCCAGGCCUUUUAUUGUAUACUGACACUGUACUGAUUUUUCUGUGUAGUCUGUGAUUAAUAAAUUAACACUGGGGCGGGAA